AUGAGCCAUCAUACCAAUGAGAGGGAGUUUAAAAUAAGCCAUCAUACCAGCGAGAGGGAAAUUAAAAUGAGCCAUCAUACCAGUGAGAGGGAGUUUAAAAUAAGCCAUCAUACCAAUGAGAGGGAGUUUAAAAUAAGCCAUCAUACCAAUGAGAGGGAGUUUAAAAUAAGCCAUCACACCAGGGAGAGUGAGUUUAAAAUAACCCAUCAUACCAGUGAGAGGGAGUUUAAAAUAAGCCAUCGUACCAGUGAGAGGGAGUUUAAAAUAAGCCAUCAUACCAGCGAGAGGGAGUUUACAUUAAGCCAUCAUACCAAUGAGAGGGAGUUUAAAAUAAGCCAUGAUAUCAAUGAGAGGGAGUUUAAAAUGAACCAUCAUACCAGUGUGAGUGAGUUUAAUAUGAGCCAUCAUACCAGUGAGAGGGAGUUUAAAAUAAGCCAUCAUACCAGUGAGAGAAAGUUUGAAUAA